UCGAUAGCUGAAAGCGUCGUUUGUUAUCCUGCCCUGAGACGCUCAUACAGAGUCGCGUUGUCUUUUUUCGCCUCACGUGAGGACAAAUGAAAGUAGUUUAUCGAUAAACCGUGGACCCAUGUCUAGACUGGGCAUUUCCGGCUAAAACUCGUCUUUUUUUCGGUAGUAUUAUAGUAGUUAGCAUUUCUAGCUGCUUGUCUGUAGUUAUGACGCUGCGUUGCUAACAGAAAUAACCGCCGACCAGAAUGUCGUUUUACUUUCUUUAAGUGAUUUACUAGUUUCAACCAAAUUUCUUCCAACGAUUAACGUGACUGACUGCUUAAGCCGUCAGAUUUUGUAUUACCGUGUAAACUGUUUUGAAAGGAAAUUAGCUGGGUUAGCUUUUGUAGCGCUCGUGUUGUCACUGCUGCGUUUCAUAGAGAAACUUUCGUUUUGUACAACACAGGUGGAUUAUAACUUGUAAAUGUAUACGCUUCAAUAGUAUAGAAUCGGAUUGGCAGGUCUUUUAUUUUGUUAUACAUAUAUUGUCGUGAGCGUUAAAUCUCAUGUGAGACAUAUGGAUGUGUGUGUGAUAAAUGAAAGUGCGAUGCAUCAGUGGUGAGGAAGAGCUGGAGGAUGAUGCGGAUGAGCUGGAUGAUCACAGUUAUAAACAGAAGAAUGAUGAAGAUGUUGAUCGUCCUCGCUCUUAUUGCUUACAUUGCCUCUGUCUGGGGAACCUAUGCAAAUAUGAGGUCUAUUCAAGAACAAGGUGAAAUGAAGAUUGAGCAAAGGAUAGAUGAGGCAGUGGCACCCCUAAGGGAGAAGAUACACGAGCUUGAGCUUAGUUUUACCCAAAAGUACCCACCUGUCAAAUUCCUGUCUGAGAAAGACCGAAAGAGGAUUUUGAUCACAGGCGGAGCUGGAUUUGUUGGUUCUCACCUCACUGAUAAACUGAUGAUGGAUGGUCACGAGGUGACUGUGGUGGACAAUUUCUUCACUGGCCGCAAACGCAAUGUCGAGCACUGGAUUGGCCAUGAGAACUUCGAGCUGAUCAAUCAUGAUGUGGUGGAGCCUCUUUAUAUUGAAGUUGACCAGAUUUAUCAUUUGGCCUCCCCUGCAUCACCACCAAACUACAUGUAUAACCCUAUCAAGACACUGAAAACCAACACCAUUGGUACUCUCAACAUGCUAGGUCUCGCUAAACGAGUUGGAGCUCGGCUGCUCCUUGCCUCCACUUCAGAAGUAUAUGGAGACCCAGAGGUGCACCCUCAGAAUGAGGAAUACUGGGGCCAUGUGAACCCUAUUGGCCCAAGGGCCUGUUAUGAUGAAGGAAAACGUGUUGCUGAGACCAUGUGUUACGCCUACAUGAAACAGGAGGGCGUGGAGGUGAGGGUCGCUCGCAUCUUCAAUACCUUUGGGUCUCGCAUGCACAUGAAUGACGGGCGAGUGGUCAGUAAUUUCAUUCUGCAGGCUUUACAAGGGGAGCCACUGACGGUUUAUGGUUCAGGGUCUCAGACGAGAGCUUUCCAGUAUGUGAGUGAUCUGGUGAAUGGGCUGGUGUCUUUGAUGAACAGUAAUGUCAGUAGUCCCGUCAACCUGGGAAAUCCAGAGGAACACACUAUAUUGGAGUUUGCUCAGCUUAUUAAAAGUCUAGUAGUGAGUCGCAGUCAUAUUCAGUUCCUUCCGGAAGCUCAGGAUGAUCCACAGAGACGACGGCCAGACAUCCGUAAAGCCAAAAUGCUUCUGGGUUGGGAGCCUGUGGUGCCGCUUGAGGAAGGCUUAAACAAAACAAUCCAGUACUUCAGCAGAGAGCUGGAGCAUCAAGCCAACAAUCAGUAUAUCCCCAAACCCAAGGCCGCACGAAUAAAAAAAGGCAGACCCAGACACAACUGAUGAAUUGUGUUCAUCUCAGGGAUGUCGGGGAUACUGAAGGACUUUAAACAUCCAGCAGCCAUUUUACGGAGUGGAUUUCCCACCCUCGAUUAAAGAUAUGUCUGAGGGGAACAUUUUUGAUUUUUUUUUUUUCUUUUUUUUAAAGCACCUCAAAUAGGGAGCUGCUCGAAAAGUUUCUUUUUCAGUCAAAUGUGCCUCAAAUUUACAGACUUUGCCUUGCACUUUGGUUUGUCAGUUGUCCGUCUGUCUGUUAUUUAAAAUCAAGCUUAGAUCUCCAUGUACAUUUGUCGUGUGUUUACAUCCCAUGCCGUUUUAAUUAAUGUGAUCUAUUUUUUUAUCAGUGUCAAAGCUAGCCGUGUCUUUUUGAGUGGAUACCUCUUCCAGUGUAAAACUUUAUUACGGCGAUUUAAUGAUUUAUUUAAAGAUCUUGGAUGUCUGGAGCAGGACACUUCACCCAUGGAAGAUUUGAGGACACGGGAGAGAGAAAAAGCUUAUUUUCGCUUUAAACUUUGUGGUGAUUUCGAGUCAGAUCUGUUACUUUGUGAAACUUCGUACAGAACUUUGAUCAUUGAUUUCAAGUGAAAAGGAUAUUUUAAUAAAAUAUUUACUGUGAUUUUCA